CUCUAAAGCAACCACCCCUACAACCUCCUCCUGGUUUAACCCCUCCCUUCUCUGCUGACACAAAACUAUAUAAAUCAGUUCAGCUGCAGGUUGGAACCAAGGUGCAUCGACCUGCAGAGUAAAGCUUCACCGAAGAGAGAAGAAGACUGCACAAUCUAGAGCCUCUGCUGCUGUUAGAAACCACCUGUGGCUCCAACUACUACGUGUAACUCCUUAAAAUGGUGUUGAUGCUGAAACCAUGGACAAUGCUGGUGGCCACUGUGCUGUGUGUGCUGGUCUGCCUGGGAGCACUAGCAGACGCCUAUCCUCCAAAGCCAGAGAACCCUGGUGAGGAUGCACCGCCUGAAGAGCUGGCCAAGUACUACACUGCCCUGAGACACUAUAUCAACCUGAUCACCAGGCAGAGAUACGGAAAGCGCUCGGCUCAGGAGGAUGUUGUUGCAGAGCUGCUGUUUGGAGGCGACAGCAGCAGAGAUCAGAGGUCAAGAUACGAUGACUCCUUCAUGUGGUGACUCCACAACCCUCCUACCUCCUCAUUGUGCUUUCCUUCUGAGGACUUCCUGGAAUGCACCUGGAGGAGCCAUCAGGUGCCUCUCGCCCCUUCUUAAGCCAACAGAAUGACCAUCACUGACUAGAGCACAAGCUCUUUCUGUCUCGCUUUAAUGUCCAACAGUUCUUUCUUCCCAACAGUACUGUGCCAUUUGCCAAAUUAAAACUCAUCAGAUCAGAGCAGCCAAUCGAAAAGGGGAAAUUUGUCUUUGUGUAUGAACGUUGUUCUUCUCUCUGUCACUGUUAGUGUGAAGGCAUUCUGUUUUGCUGUUGCCACUGCCAAGGGGAAAAACAGAGGAUGUAAAUAAAACAAUUUUUUGUGUGAUUAA